CCCGCCCGUGGUCGGAAGCCGCGCUCCGCCCGGCAGGAGACACUGUGGUCGGGGGUAGGCAGCGGCGUCGCGUCCGCUCUCGCCUGCUCGCCAGCCGGCUCUCCUCCCGCCGCAGGACCCGCGCGCCGCGCUCCGGGGGCCAUGCAGCGCCUGGCCAUGGACCUGCGGAUGUUGUCCCGGGAGCUCUCCCUCUACCUGGAACACCAAGUCCGGGUGGGGUUCUUCGGCUCGGGGGUGGGCUUAUCCCUUAUCCUGGGCUUCAGCGUCGCUUAUGCCUGCUACUACCUGAGCAGCAUUGCCAAGAAACCCCAGUUAGUGACGGGGGGUGAGAGUUUCAGCCGCUUCCUUCAAGACCACUGUCCCGUGGUUACAGAAACGUACUACCCGACGGUUUGGUGCUGGGAGGGUCGAGGACAGACCCUGCUUAGACCUUUCAUCACUUCGAAGCCCCCGGUGCAGUACAGGAAUGAACUUAUUAAAACUGCAGAUGGAGGACAGAUUUCACUGGACUGGUUUGAUAAUGAUAACAGUACGUGUUAUAUGGAUGCCAGCACCAGACCUACUAUCUUAUUGUUGCCUGGCCUCACUGGAACAAGCAAAGAGUCAUAUAUCCUUCAUAUGAUCCAUCUUAGUGAAGAAUUAGGAUACAGAUGUGUGGUUUUUAACAACAGAGGAGUGGCGGGGGAGAAUCUCUUGACGCCAAGGACUUAUUGUUGUGCUAACACUGAAGACUUGGAGACAGUUAUUCACCAUGUACACAGCCUGUACCCUUCUGUUCCUUUCCUGGCAGCAGGGGUUUCAAUGGGAGGAAUGCUGCUUCUAAAUUACUUGGGCAAAAUUGGGUCCAAAACGCCUUUGAUGGCAGCUGCAACUUUUUCCGUUGGUUGGAACACCUUCGCUUGCUCAGAGUCAUUGGAAAAACCACUGAACUGGCUACUUUUUAAUUACUAUUUGACAACCUGCCUUCAGUCUUCAGUUAAUAAGCACCGACAUAUGUUUGUAAAACAAGUUGAUAUGGAUCAUGUCAUGAAGGCUAAAUCCAUCAGAGAGUUUGAUAAGCGAUUCACUUCAGUCAUGUUUGGAUACCGAACAAUUGAUGAUUAUUAUACUGAUGCCAGUCCGAGUCCUAGACUGAAGUCAGUAGGAAUUCCAGUAUUGUGUCUAAAUUCUGUGGAUGAUGUUUUCUCACCCAGUCAUGGUAAUCUUAGAAGCUGAAACUUACGGCCUUGACCACAAUUUAGAAAAUGAAACUCUGAACUUUAAUAUCAGUUGACUUACAUGGUGAUUGUUUUAGCAUAUUUUCAUUGGAUUAAGGAAGUCCAGUAUUUCUCUACCCGUUUUUAUAUUUCACUGACCUUUUUACCAAUAAAAAAUUCCCAACAUUUUAACCUUACCCACUUGGGUGAAGUUUGAACUCAUUAUUUUCUAUUCUUUCCCAAGCCUUUAAAAUAGUCUUGCCGCAAUGAAAUAGUGGACAAUUGUCUGCAGUCUGAGAGAACAGGCAGGCAGCAACUUUCGCAUGCCUCAAAUGUGGCCCAGCCUUUUGUUCUUCUGAUAUGACUGUAACUCUCUGUUAGAAAUUUCUGAAUGUAUCCAGAGUGUGAAGUUUAGACUCUUGAUAAUUACUUUAGAGGCAAAUGAAACACUCUAAGUGUUUGGUGAAAAAGGAAAAGCAAAAAUAGUAUCAGCCAUUCCCCCUUAAGUUCCCACACCUGAUCCCAAGAUAGAUGUUCACUUUUAGGUGUUCUUUCUUGGGACGGACGUGGCUAGCUAAGGACAUGAACUCAGGACCACUUUUUGAUAAGAACUUAGCUUGUUGAGCCUUGCUUUAGGGCUAUCGGUUUAUUCUUUAGAGUGUUAUGAAGAGUCAGAUUUAGAGCACUGUCUAAACAGUCAAUUUGUGGAAGGGCCCCAGUUCUCUUACAGUGAAUUUUAGCUUCCUUUUUCUUCUUACAAGGGGGUGAGGUAGAGAAGCUGUUACCUUUAAUUAGCUCAUUUGCCCCUAAAACUCAGCCCAAGUUGUGAAGUUGUAAUUAUUGCAUCAAUCACAUUAUAUAUAUAUAUUUGGAGACAGGAUCUCACUCUGUUGCCCAGACUGGAGUCCAGUGACACUACCAUAGUUUACUGCAGUCAGGCCGAGCGAAGUGGCUCAUGCCUGUAAUCCCAGCAGUUUGGGAGGCCGAGGUGGGUGGAUCACCUGAAGUCAGGAGUUCAAGACCAGCCUGACCAACAUGGUGAAACCCCAUCUCUACUGAAAAAAAAAAUACAAAAUUAGCCGGCCGUGGUGGCACACACCUGUAAUCCCAGCUACUCAGGAGGCUGAGGCAGGAGAAUUGCUUGAACCCCGGAGACGGAGGUUGCAGUAAGCCAGCCGAGAUCACACCAUUGCACUCCAGCCUGGGCAACAACAGUGAAAUUCCAUCUCAAAAAAAAAAAAAAAAAAGUUUACUGCAGCCUUAAACUCCUGGGCUCAAGCUGUCCUCCCACCUCAGCCUCAGCUAGGACUACAAGUGCAUGCCACCCCACACAAGGCUUUUUUUUUUUUUUUUUUUUUUUUUUAACAUUUUUUGUAAAGACAAAGUCAGUCUUGCUAUGCUGCCCAGGCUAGUCUCAAACUCCUAGCCUCAAGAGAUCCCCCCAAAGUGCUAAGAUUACAAGCAUGAGCCACCACACUGGCCUCAACCAUGUUAUCUUAAUUAGGGAGAUAAGAUUUGGCAGUAUCUGAAAUCAAAACACUUCUCAUGCCAGGUUUUGAUCCAUUAGAGACCUUAUAUCAAAACAUUUUCACUGACCUCUAAGCAUGGGAGAAAAAAAAAACUUUAAUUCAUAUCUUUUAAAGUUUAUACUCAGGCCAGACAGGUGGCUUACGCCUGUAAUCCCAGCGCUUUGGGA